AAUGGCAAUUUGCGUUCGUUCCAAAGCGUACACGACCACCCAACCUUACUGUUCAUAACCACGCCACCACGCGCGAAAUCGAGGAAAAGCCCCAACGUCCCAACUCUUCUUCUACCUUCCCUUCCACGCCUCUCUCUCCACCUCCCCCCUUUCCCUUUCCUCCCAGAUUCCCAGCUCGCCACGGCGCCAUGCCGGCGGCGGUCGCCUGCUCCGUCAAGUGCCGCCCCCACUACCGCCUCACGGCGCCGCAGCCCCCCGCCGCGCUGGAGCUCCUGCCCCGCGCCCAGGCCGCCGCCGGCGAGCUGCGGGCGACCCGGUGCCGGAGCCCGCCCUCCCUGUCCUUCGCGCGGGCCUCCGACCACCAACCGGACUCUCCCCGUGCUCCCUGCCGAAGCCCCCCGUCCGCCAGGCGAGCUCGCGCCGGCGUGGCGGGCGAGGAGGCGGGCCGCUCCGACUCCGCGGCCGCGCUGCUCGGCGGCGCGCAGUCGCUGCACGCCAUCUUCCGCGACGAGCUCGUGCGGAAGGCCUUCUACGCGGCCGAGGCGGCUCACCGCGGCCAGAUGCGCGCGAGCGGCGACCCUUACCUGCAGCACUGCGUGGAGACAGCGGCGCUGCUCGCGGAGCUCGGCGCCGGCCCUUCGGUUGUCGCGGCGGGGCUGCUGCACGACACCGUCGACGACGCGGGUCUGGAUUAUGGCUCCAUCUCCGAGCAGUUCGGCGCUGGCGUCGCGGACCUUGUCAAGGGGGUUUCUAACCUAAGUCAUUUGAGCAAACUGGCUCGUCGAAGCAAUACAGCGAGCAGAACUGAUGAAGCUGACAGGUUACGUACGGUCUUCCUUGCAAUGGAAGAUGCGAGAGCCGUGCUCAUCAAACUUGCUGAUAGACUACACAAUAUGAGGACGUUGGAUUCGUUGCCCAAGAUCAAGCGUCAGUGCUUUGCAAAGGAAACACUGGAGAUAUUUGCUCCGUUGGCAAAUCAAUUGGGGAUAUUGAACUGGAAGGAACAGCUUGAAAAUCUGUGCUUCAAGCACCUUUAUCCAGAACAAUACGAGGAACUGUCAUCUAAUCUUCAUCAGUUCUACAACAGAGAUAUGAUUGCAGCAGCAAUAAGGCGACUAGAACAAGCCCUUCAGGUGAGCGGACUAUCCUAUCGUUCCAUAUCGGGGAGGCAUAAGAGCAUGUACAGCAUCUACAGCAAGAUGGCAAGGAAGAAACUGGAGAUGGAUGAAAUCUAUGAUGUACAUGGGGUGCGUGUGAUACUUGAGAAUAAAGCUGAUUGUUUCACAACAUUAGAAGUUGUCCAUCAUUUGUGGCCUAGAAUUCCUGGGAAGUUCAAAGACUAUGUGAACAGCCCCAAACCUAAUGGGUACCAGUCCCUGCACACGGUUGUCCUCAGUGAAGAAGCACUCCCAUUAGAGAUCCAAAUUCGUACUGGGGACAUGCAUUUGCAGGCAGAGUUCGGAAUUGCUGCACAUUGGAGGUACAAGGAAGGCCUUCGGAGUUGCUCUUCAUGCUCUCCUGAAAUGGUUGACUGGGUUAGAUGUGUUGUUACGUGGCAGUGUGAAUCUUUGCACAUAGAUCACCCUUCACCUCUUGGAGUUGGUCCGUCACCGAGGACAACAUGCACCUUCCCUUCUCACUCUGACGAUUGUCCUUUCUCCUAUUCGAAACAAUAUGAUCACAGUGGACCAAUCCUAGUAAUACUUCUGGAGAACGAAAAGAUGUCAGUGCAAGAGCUCCCCCAAAAGUCAAAAAUACUGGACCUAUUGAAGAGGGCAUCUUCCUAUGACAUGCAGUUGAGCCUGAGGCUGAAUUGCCAUGCUGUGCACAAUUUGAACCAAGAGCUGAAGAUGGGCGAUGUGCUGGAGCUAAUUCCUUCAACUCCAUGCAAAUCUGGAAGUUACAUGAGGGGGUUCCACCGGUUUCGCCAUCUUGACAGACAUCGAACAGUAGAUCUUGUGAAUAUAGAUAUGACAGAGCAGCUAAUCAUCUGAAGUUCAGAUUCUACACUGACAUAACAGUAACAGAUAGUGUAGUAUGUGGUGUUUAUUUGUUGAAGUAGAGGAAAAGAAGGUACGUAGCAUGUAAAAUUCAUCUGAAGUUUAGGUUCUCCUGCACUGACAGAAUAGUAACACAUUGUUAGCAUCUGGUGUAUAUUUUGUUGAUAAUUUGUUGAAGUAGCACAAGAUUGUAAGCAUGUAAAUAUGUGAUAAGAGUUUGAGCACAGUAAAUGGUUUCCGUGGGACAACCCUUAUUGGAAUGUAAACACUGUUCUGAUA